CUGCUAAGUUGACGUCUUUUUAUUUGAAAUUUAAGCGCGUUUGCCGUUGCGGUGUGUACUCAGUCGAGCUUACAAGUAUUUUUUCAAGAGAUUUGACACUUGAAAUAUUUUAAUUUCAUGGAGCCAACAAUUAAUUUUAAGACUCCGUGCAAGCAGGAGAAUGUGAAGUUAAGAUCUGGUGGCUCUCUUGGAACUCCUGUUCUUGUUCCAGCUUCCCCAUUCAUGCAAAAACUUGGCUAUGGAACUGGUGUCAGCGUCUAUUUAAUGAAGCGCGCAGGCAAAGGUACACAAUCUCCAUGGGCAGUAAAGAAGAUUAAUAGCAAUAUGACAGGUUCAACUGAUAAGAUCUACCAGGAAAGGCUAAAUGAAGAGGCAGAGGUUUUAAAAACUUUGCAACAUCCAAACAUUGUUGGAUUUCGAGCCUUUGCUACAUCUAGUGAUGGAUCCAAAUGUCUGGCAAUGGAGUAUGGUGGAGAGCAGUCCCUUAAUGACCUUAUAGAGAAGCGAAGGGAAGAAAAAGGUGGUCCUUUUCCUGCCUCUACUAUUUUACAAGUGGCUUUGUGUGUGGCACGUGGCCUUCUGUAUCUCCAUAAUGAGAAGAGAUUGUUACAUGGUGACAUUAAAUCUGGUAACAUUGUGAUUAAAGGGGACUUUGAAAGCAUAAAAAUUUGUGAUGUUGGAGUUUGUCUCAAAUUAAAUGAGAAUAUGCAAGUUACAGAUCCAAACGCAUUAUAUAUUGGAACUGAACCAUGGAAGCCUAAGGAGGCCCUUGAAGAUGGUAUAAUUACUGACAAAUCUGAUGUGUUUGCUUACGGACUAACAUUAUGGGAAAUGAUGACUCUGUGCAUGCCCCACCUUCAAAUGCUUGAGAGGGAUGAUGAGAAUGAUGAAGAUACUUUUGAUGAAGAGGAUUUUGAUGAAGACGCAUACUAUGAGGCACUAGGCACCCGACCUAUUCUCUGCAUGGAAGAAUUUAAUGAGUCUUACCAGAAAGCAAUUGAGAUCUUUUGGGCAUGCACCAAUGAGGAUCCAAAUAUGCGUCCUUCUGCAGCCCAGAUUGUGAAAAUCUUGGAGGAUGAAGUUCCUGAUCUCAGUUAGUCCUUCUGUAUAACACUAAAUAUACUGCAAUAUCUAAACUGUUAAUUGUUCAUCUGCAUUUGAUGUUGGAAAAUAUUUAAUAAUCAUAACUGUUAUUGUUUAAAUAUAACUGUAUGCACUACUUCACUGUUAAAUUAAUUUGACAGUUUGUCUAUGUUUUUAGAUAGUGUUUGUUUGUUUUUCUACCUUCAAAUAUAUGUUACUGUUUAAAUCCCCAGUUAUGUGUUGUGCUGCUUGCACGUUCAAUUUUCACUUGUGCACUUCUAAAGUAUUCCCAGGCAGAGUUAUGUUUUUGAAGUAUUUGAAUAUUUUCUUUGUACCAUGUGUUUAAAUAUGGAAAAUAAAGUUUUUUAUUUAAAUGUUA